UCACUAGACUGCAUUCGCAGAGUUGUUCGGUAAUGAAUAUUGAGAGUGUCUCGAGCUUCUCAAGAGAAAAAUCUCCCAUCCGCAUUGUUUUAGACACACAUGCCAUCAGAGACAACAACCAAGACGUGGUCAUUUAUGUCUUACCAUUUGACAGCACAUUUACAGUAGGGUAGGCCUAACCUACAAGUUUGUUAAGCUCAUCGGUAAUGUUAUUCAGAAGAUGUAUUGGUGAACAUUUGUCAUAGUUUAUGUAGUAAAAUAAUUGGCUAAAAAUAAUAAUACCAAAAUUAAUAAUACCAAUAACCACAAUAUUAUUAUAAUUAACAAUAAUAACAUUUCUAAAUCAACGGCAUAUUUUAUAUUUGAUUGAGACCACAUUAUUGUCAAAUAGGUUUCAUUCCCUUCCGAAGAAUUCAUGUAGCCAAAAAUGUUCAAAUAUCGGAUCCGAAUGUUUUUCAACGAACUGAAAGUGCUGGUUUUUAUGCGAGACGAUUCGAGACAGCCCGACAGAUCCGACGCAGAUAGACCGUCCAGCAUGCGGGGUCUUGGGAUGGGCGGCUGCGGCUGGCCUCCCUUUGUGGACUGCUCCUCCCGGGAUGACGAGGAGGAGUAUUACGGGACGGAACCUCGACCUCGGAGCCUGGGCUUUGAGGAGAAGGACCCCAAACUGCAAGUGGGCAUGGACACCGUGUCGCUCACCAGCACCGCAAGCAGCCUGCGCUGUCGUAUCUGCUUCCAGGGCCCAGAACAGGGAGAGCUGCUGAGCCCGUGUCGCUGUAAGGGCUCUGUGCGCUGCACCCACCAGCCCUGCCUCAUCCGCUGGAUCAGCGAGAGAGGCUCCUGGAGCUGUGAGCUGUGCUACUUCAAGUACCAUGUUCUGGCCAUCAGCACCAAGAACCCACUGCAGUGGCAGGCCAUCUCCCUGACGGUGAUUGAGAAGGUCCAGAUUGCUGCCAUCAUCCUGGGCUCCCUGUUCCUCAUCGCCAGCAUCUCCUGGCUCAUCUGGUCGUCCCUCAGCCCCUCGGCCAAGUGGCAGCGUCAGGACCUGCUCUUCCAGAUCUGCUACGGCAUGUACGGCUUCAUGGACAUCGUGUGCAUCGGCCUUAUAAUCCAUGAGGGCUCAUCAGUGUACCGAAUAUUCAAGCGAUGGCAGGCUGUCAAUCAGCAGUGGAAAGUAUUGAACUAUAUAAAAGCCAAUGACUUGGGGGACCCGCUGAGUAGCAGUAAGGGUGGGGGUCGGGGCUCACGAAGUAACUCCCAUGGCCUGGGUAGUGGCAGCAGUGGGAGACGGAACCGGAGGUUCAGGACUAUUCUGGACCACCACUGUGGCUACACCAUCCUGCACAUCCUCAGCCAGCUACGGCCCCACAACCCACGCUUUGGCUCCACGGCCAACCGGGAGGUGGUGAUGAGGGUGACAACGGUAUGAGACUGAACGUGGAAGGGCUGGAAGAAAAGACUAAAACUGGGUAUCGUGUUUUCUUUUUUAAUCUGGCCAGUUCUUUCAAGUGAUUCUGUCAACACCAUUGAGGAACUGGAUUUCAAUACCCAGCCCAGGGAAGGACAUGUACAGACAAGACCAUGUCUCGCACUGCAGUCAAGCUACUGUGAUAUUGUAACGACCAUUGCCAUGCUAGGCUCAUCAUGAUUCCUCCCAAGUGGAUUUAUCCUACUGGAGCAGUGGUUUGCCCUGAAACAACAACAGACAGAACAUGCUGAACUAUGAGGAUCUUUCCAGGAGUUUGUUUAGAGGUGCACAUUUGUAAUAAUUGAAGAACUGAUAUUAUGAGCUACGUUAAACAUGCAAGGCUUUAUAACAACGCAAUCCAAGGUGAGAACAGAUAUUUUUCGGGACAAUUUCAGGAUGCACAAAGAGGAUUUUAUCUUUAAUGUAUUUUCUCCGGCAUUUUUUGGUAUGAUUUCCAUUUUACUUCUAUUUUUUUUUGUGGCAGUAUGAUUUAAAGAGAUACCUGAAACUCCUUAUGCCACGCCAAACAUUAACAAACUCUGAAUAAUAAUUAAUUUACGAGUUUUGCAGUUCUGAAAUAUUGCUGUAGAUAAUGAUGAUUAGGCUACAGACCAGAGAACAACAAAUACAUCAUAUCUAAGACAUCAUAUGAAAACAGCAGUUAUUACUGCAAACAAUAAAUACAGGGAUCAAUGGAUAGACUACAAAAUGAAGAUUAUUUAUUUAUUAACAUUAAAAUUACUCCUAGUCCUAUCUUCUCUGCAAUAAAGAUAUCUGUACAUUUCAUGGUGAAUUUUGCAUGGGGUAUAUACUUUUUUUAUGCAGCAUCAUCAUCACAUACCAUUUAAGCACUUCUACAAAUUUGCUCAUUCAGAAUGGUGCUUUUCAGAAAAGCUUUUUAUCCAUCUGGUUUCAUUGCACCAAACUGUUUUUUGAAUCUGUCAAAUAGCAGUGUGUUAUUUCAGCUAAAACAAAGAUGACUGACUCACUGCUGUGUGCUGAUGAUUCAGAUUUGGAUUAAAGAUGGAGAUCUAUGUAAUCUCUUG